AUGAUACCUUUCAGAUUAUCUAAAUAAUUCGAAAUAAAGAAGUAUAUCCAAUCAUUGAAAGUAAGAUAAUAUCUGUACCGCUCUAAACUUCUCCUUAGAUGCAAUUAACAAAUCAAAUUAUUAAUAGAAUCUGAUCAUUUCCGAUAAUAGUAAUAAAAUCUUUAAUAAUCUUAUCUUUGCAUUACAUUUUGUAGAUUCAACUUGGCCUUAUUUGAUAUGUUGAGUCACUUUCUUAUCCUUAUCUAUAUUUCCAUGAAAUUUCAGUUAAUUUUGAUAUACAUUCUACAUUUUUUUCUCAUUCUUCAAGUGGGAUCUUAAUGCAUUAUAAGUAUAAGUAUCGGCAAAUCCGAUUUCAGCCAAUCUUUUCACAUUGAACCUCAAAAUAAAUCUUCAUCUGGCUUGGUAGAAUGA